CUUCCACCUUCUCUACCCAACAUACUAUACUAUCUGUGAAGGCUAUAUCUUCCACAUAAAAAUCUUUCUAAUGAUUCACAUCAUACUUUCCACUAGUGUUGCUAUCAGCCAGCAAUUUCACACAGAAUGACUACCUCACUCUGGGCGAGAGCCCUCUCCGCCCUCCCAGACAAAGAUCAGCGCAUGUUUCCCACGUCAGGCACUGGAUCACCACCAGUCUCACAGACAUUGACCGACAUCAUCACUGCAAUCGAAACGCAGCGCGAUCGUUGCAAACGCCACAAAUGGUCGACCACCAGCAUCGGUGGCAAGGAGAUCAUCAUUCGUGAUGUAUGCGCGAAAAUUGUAGCUUGCGUGAGCAAGUUUGCCAGUGUGGUCGAUAUCGUUGUAUCUUAUGACCCGGUUCAUGCGGCACUACCUUGGGCUGGAGUGCGCUUUGCGCUUCAGCUGUUUCUGAACGGAACCGAAACUUUCGGUGCUAUUGUAGAGGGACUCGAGACGUCUGUGAGGGUCAUUGCGCGGGGUGGAAUACUCGAAGGGUUAUAUUAUCAGAAGAACUCUGCGCUGAGUGAAGCAAGACAGGCCUUGCAAGAUGAAAUCGUCAAGUGCUAUACAGCGGUCUUGGAAUUUUUGUCUCCGGCGAGGAAAUAUUAUCAGUGCUCGCGAACGAAACGUGCGGUCGCCUUUAUGUCCAAAGACGAUCUUAGACACUGCACCAAGGAAAUACAGAGUGCCGAGCAGCAAUUUCUGAUACAGAAGGGGCUCGCUGAUAGCGAAGGUGAUUCUAGAACGUCAGGAUUGAGAUUUGUUCGACUAAACUUUAUUCUAGACCUAGGUAAUAUCGAGACACACGUUUUGCACACCAUUCUUAUAGCUACAUCGACGGCGGACCAGGUCAAUGAUAUGAAAGCAAAACUAGAAAAAGCCCUCCUGGACCUUGAUAAGCCAGUAACACGAGUUGUGGAUCAAGUUUCCGACCUUCAUCGAGCUUUGAAAGACAACGAGAGGGACCAAAUCCUGAGCUGGGUAUCAGCUGUCCCGGCUCAGAAACAUCUUCGUGAGGCAUCAACAUCGCUGAUGCCAGGCUCUGCAGAAUGGCUUUUCCGUCACCCUGAAUUCCAGGCAUGGAGCAAUUCUAGUAGCUCUGAGGUGUUUUGGUUGCAUGGGACACCCGGCUGCGGAAAGUCCAAGAUCGCUGCUGCUGUCGUACAGCAUUUACGCCUUCAAGCUAGUAAACUUUCUCUAUCCGCUAGUAACUAUCUGAUGAGGACUCCAGUCGUCGAGGAGUAUCGGAAACGCCUUCAAGAAGCAAACUACUUUGGUGAAGGGCCAGCUGCUUUGUCUGUAGAAAGGUGCACCGAGCUUUUGUGUGAGCUUGGCCAGUCAGCCUCGGUCAUACUAAUUAUCGAUGCUCUUGAUGAAUGUGAUUCACAGCAGCGUAUGAUACUGCAGCAGUCUCUCGAAGAAAUGCGUCAUAGCUGUCGCGAUCUGGUCAAAGUAUUUAUCUCCAGUCGAUAUGAAGAGGAUAUUGCUACUGGAUUCAGACAGAAACGGACUCUUGGUGUGACGCCGCAAGACACUGAAGGUGAUCUCAAACACUUCAUUGAGCUCCGUGUGAGCAAGUUUGUGUCAAGAUGGGCCAAUCUACACAGCGAGGCAAACGAUAGACUACAACAGCUGGAGAAGGACCUGAAAGAGACACUUAUUACUGGAGCACAAGGAAUGUUCCUAUGGGUGUCGCUGCAACUCGAAUGUAUCAGUGAUACCUCACGAGUCAAAGACCUAGAAAGUAUUUAUGAAGCUCUAGAAGCUCUACCUGCGACGCUUGGUCGAUCCUACGCCGCUAUCCAUUGCCGAAUUGGAUCAAUGAAGGUAACUGCCAGAGAAGUGGCUAGAUUUACGUUUUACUGGCUUCUGGGUGCGAAACGAAUGCUCCCUAUCCCAGAUUUCCUCAUCGCCGUAGCACGUUCAGCAAGGUGCUUGUCGACUCUGCAAUCGGGGACCAUCAUCGAUUACUGCUGUGGAUUGGUGGUGAUAGAUAACGAAACAAAUACAUUUAGGCUCGCUCAUCCGACAGUUCGAGAAUAUCUCGAAUCCCUUGAGAUCUAUGGCGAUAAAGAAGUGUGCUACAACAUGGCCCUGGGGUGUCUGGGUGCAUAUCUGGGCGAAGAUUGGGGUGAAAAUGAAUUUCUCAAUUACGCUACAAACUAUUGGCCAUCUCAUGUGGAAGACCUUGGAUCUGCACCCCAAAGAGCCAAAGUUGUUCCUCGUCUUACGGACUUCUUUACGAAAGAGGAGCACUUUGAUGACUGGCUGGACAAUUUCGAACUACAGCAGAGAGAAGGCGGUUCUAGCUGGAAAUCUACGAAUGAAAGAAAGCUCGAUGCCUCAAUAAGCACUCCACGAACAAUGCUAUUUUUGAUCUGCUGUUAUGGAUUCGUGGAAAUGCUUGAGAAUAACGAUAUUGUUGGGGAUUUGGAUGUGAACCAGACAAACAAAGAUGGAAGCUCUGGGCUAUACCUGGCAGCUCGUGGUGGCCACAUCAUGGUUGUUCAGAAGCUCCUAGACUUGGGAGCCAAUAUAGACGCACCGGGGUUUCAGUACGGGAAUGCACUUCAAGCGGCGUGUUUUGGGGGGUGGACGGAAAUAGUGCAGCUUCUGAUCAAUCAUGGCGCCUCUUCCUCUGUGCCCAGAAGGGGGGAAUAUUCCAGUCCCCUGCAGGCGGCUUUGGCGAGUGAUAACAAUGCAAUUGCAGAACUCCUGCUUGAUGCUGGGGUCAAGCUUACUACACAGCAGCAAUUCGAUGAUGCCAUACAGACCGCAGCUUUCAAAGGGAAUAUUCCAAUUUUCCAGCGGCUUAUGGCAGGGGAUGUUGGAGACUUUGCUCCAGAAAUCAGGCCUGAUCCCCUUCAAAUAGCCCUCGCGGGAGGCAAGAUGAGGAGAGCAAAGCUGCUAUUGCAAGUGAGAAGCCGUCAAUAGUACAACUAGUUCUUGAUGCUGGAGCUAAGCUUGAGCUCCGAGGCCGAUACGGGUUUCCUCUCCGCGCAGCCGUCAUCACCAACAACUUUGAAAUCAC